AUGACAGGACCCCCAGAACUCCUGACCCAUCCAACCUUCCCCCUGCUCCCUGACUGCCCCCUGGGACUCCCCUUACCAUGCCCAUGCUGGUCAGACACUGGCUCCACCUGGGGGCAGAACACGCUGCCAGGCUGCUGUGUGCACAGCCCCUCCCCCGCAGAGUGCUGAGACAGCGGGAGGGGGGAGAUGCGGGUGGGGCAGCGGCAGCUCACACUUCUGGGAGCUGCAGAACCCGAGCGCAGUGAGGGGGAGCCAGGGGGAGCGCCUGCUUGGGCUGCGGCCCAGUGCCCCCCCCGGGGCUCUUGCAGCCAAUGCAUACAGGCAGUGAUCCCCAUGCACCCCUUGGCUCCCCCCUCACCGUGCUCAGGCCCUGCGGCUCCCGAGAGUGUGAACUGCUGCCGCCUCUCCAACAGCAGGCUCAGGGCCCUGUGCCCUGGCGGCUCAGACUCCUGGGAGGCGCAGAACCCGAGCACGGUGAGGGGGAAAGACGGGGGGUGCGCCUGCCGCUGGUCUGGGGUCCUGGCCGCUGGCCCUGCUCAGCCUCCUGCUGGCCUGGGGUUCUGUUCACUCAGCCGGCAGCGAGCUGAGCAGGGCCGGAGGCCGGGACCCUGGCUGGCAGCCGCAUGCCAGGCAAAAUCGGCUCGCAUGCCAAAGGUGGCACGUGUGCCGUAGGUUGCCAACCCCUGUACUAAGCCAUCCCCGCCAGCAUAAAUAGUUGCAGUUGGGAUGCAGAUUUUGAAUUAAAGGUUGAAACAUGAUUUGUUUCCAUACCCAGUUUGCAUAUAGCUAACACUUGUUUGGUAUAGUUAUACGUGCUUUUUUGUGUGGUCAGUCCAGACUGCACAAGUUUUGUGCAUUUGUUUCUUGUGCUAAGGUAGAAUGAAGGUGCAAAGCUCAUUAACAAGCAUCAUUAACAAGUAUUAGUGUUCUAAGUCUUUAGGCUUCAUGGAAUGUUCCAAAUAGAAUUUCCUUUCCUUUGAUUAAUUGGCCCUAGAGAGGUGGCUUGGGAGAGAUCUGGGUAGUGACUACUGGUAAAACAAACACAAAAACAAAUAAAAACCCUAGCAGAUUCAUACAGGAAAGUAUGUGCAAAUUUCAUGAAAGCUAUGUGACUACCAUUAAAAAAAAAGAUCUGCAGAAUCCUAUGAAACACAGCAAACUUUGUUGCAUGUACCUGCUCCUUGUCAGUACCUGCCAUUAUCCCAACCCUUGAAUACAGGGCUGUUUGGUGGUUCACAGAUAGGUGGCAUAUUUAGGUCCCUCCAUGGUUAUUAGCGAGAUGAUCAGGGAUGCAACCUCAUGCUCUGGUUGUCCCUAACCUCUGACUGCCGUAAGCUGGGAAUGGACGACAGGAUAUGGAUUACUCGAUUGCCUGUUCUGGUGAUUCCCUCCAAAGCCCCUGUUGGAAGACAGGAUGUUGGGCUAGUUGGACCAUUGGUCUGACCUGGUAUGGCUGUUCUUAUGUUAAACAAUCCAAUCUGCCUAAAGAUUUGGUAAGUGUUGCCAUCUGGAUUUAUAUCCUCUCAAGUGCAGUGUCCAAGCUGCAAUUUUAGUAAAACUACAUCAUAGUAUUGAUUAGUGCUGAUCGAUAUAACACCCCAGGGAGGGAGCAUUUUCAGCAAGAGUAGUAAUAUUGUUUUAUUUUCAUCGCACCUGAUUGAGACCCAUAAAGCACUUAUGUUUCAGAGAUCAUCAUAGCUGUGAUCCCUUUGCCUGGCAUAUUGCUGUGCUGACUGCUGGUCAGAGCAUUGCUACACACACAAAGAUCCCCACACACAUUGCAAAGCUACCAUAAUGCAGUCUAGGAUCUGCCCUGCUAUGGAUGGUAAUAGUAUGUUAUUGGCCCAAUGAAAGAGAAAGCAUUCACAUUAGCAAUGAGCAGACAUUUAAAAAAAGAAAAAUGGAAGCCUUAAAAAAAUAUGCUGGAGAGGGUGCAGCUUUUCAGAUUUAAAAAAAAAAUGCUCAUGGAAGGUGAUGGAUUGAUAGCCCUGGAGAAUGGAAGGACUGUAUCCCAUGAUCAGGAUAAGCAUGCAACUUUCUUCAAAUGUUACUCUGUGCCUGCCAAAAUCUCUUACUUUUAACUUGGAGAGAGCAUCUCUUCAGAUAACACUGUAGUCUAGUCUGCAUGCCAAUACAGUGUUCUCUGCUACUGAACAUAUCAGCUGUGGUGGGAUACCACUGAGGUGGAUGCCUAGUGACUGGGAAAUGGACGGAGACCACUAAAUUAAUGUAACAUGCCUUCCAGUGUCAUUUGGCAAUGUAACAGCUUUCAGUAAUAACUCACUCGUAUUGGAUUUAUUUUGUACUGGUGACGUAGGCACUCUGCAGGACACUCGCCAAAUGCUUUUCAGGUUUUAUUUGCUCCAUGUGGAUAUUCAUGAGCCAUUGAAAUAUAUAGUGUGACUAGACAUGGAACGAUGGUAGGAUACAAUUAUUAUUUAUUGAGCUCCAAACAUAAAUGAAGACAUAAUGUACAAGUUACUUUCAAUCUAAAUCUGAUUCAGGUAGAACAGUUUAUACAAACAAACAGGCAGAAGAUAAAGGCUGUGUUGUAAGGCAAAACUGAACUCUAAACAGAGUCAGACCUUUUCAAAAAUUAGGUUUAUUAAAUUAGAACUCGGCAAACAAAGACACAGCUCCUAUUUGUAACAGCCUUUCGCAUUUUCCUCAUCUUGCAACUCACUCACCCCCACAAAGUACUCAUGUGCUUCACCCACAGAACUAUAUGCAAGAACAACUUGUAUUUCCUUUUUUUUUUUUUUUUUGGCCUGAAUUUUCUCUCUAACCUAGUUAGAGAAAAAAUCCCCAAAGAGCUCUGCUGCCUAUGACAACAGCAUGGGGCAGGUUAACUUGAAGAAGUGGCUGGCACAAUGGAACUGCUGAGGGAAAACCCCAUGAUGAAAAAUGGAACGCACCCAAAGGUGAAUUCCCAGCUGGCAUUAUAAGAAGGCUGUCUGAAGCCAAAGUCAGUAGAUCAGAGCAGCCAGUUUUCUGAUACAUUUGAAGUGUAGACUAUAGUAAAACCUUACUAAACUAAAAAUGACCAACUUCAUCAGCAGAAGCUUGAUCCUGGCUUCUUUGAUGGGGCUGCUGCUAUUGUACCUGUCUGGCACUUCUGAAGCACAAAACAACCAAGAUUGCUGCCUCUCUUACUCCAAAGUACGGCUGCCUCGAGGAGUCAUAAAGGGCUAUACAGAACAGCUAUCCAGUGAAGUGUGUGACAUCAGUGCUAUCAUUUUUCACACAAAGAAUGGAAUGAAAGCUUGUGCAAAUCCAGAAGACCGCUGGGUGAAGAAGCAUCUUCUUUGGCUGAGCCAUAAACUCAAGAAGAUGUCACUGUAAUGUGGGUUUUGAAAUGGAACUAGAAACCGAGGUGGCUGCAGAACCUAAACUAGGUUGGAAUCAUCUUUGUACACGAUGUGUGCUUACUGACCAUUAUUCCUGGCUUCUUUGGAACCAUUGAACUACUGAAGUUGAUUCACAUUGCAUCAUUUGUUUGCUUGACUUAAGCAUUUUGUUAAAGUUACUUUUUUCUUUUCUAAUAUACAAUAUUUGAUUACUAUAUAAAGAAGAAAACUGUUUUAAACUAUUAUACAAAAUAUGUGCCCUAUCGGGUUUAGAGCAUUUGGAUGUCAUUUUGUGCUAUUUUGCACAAGUAAAAUAGAUAAUUUAUUAUAUUUAUUGUUACAUCAUAGGCAUUUUUUGUGCCAAAAGCUGUUCCCUUUUAAUUCUAAGUAAUGUAAUCAAGAACAAAUGGAUUAAAUGUUUUUAGACUACUGUAAAAACGUGCUUGAGGGAAAGUGGAAUUUGUGGAAACUUUAAAAAUGACAUUAAAAAUCCAAAAUGAGA